AGAUCUGAAGGAGUCUUCAAACAGAACAGUGCAGACACAGAGGACAGCAGCUCGAUGGGUUUCUGAAUACCUCCAGCACUGAGAGGGGGAGCCCCUCAUCCACACAGGGCAGAAUGGCUCAGGAUAUGACAGAGAAGGAACUGCUGAAAAUGGAACUGGAUCAGCUGAAGAAGGAGGUAAAGAACGAGAGGCAAAUGGUCUCCAAGACCGGCAAAGAGCUCAAGGAGUACAUUGAAUCCAUGGCAGGAGAGGAUCCACUGCUGAAAGGUGUCCCUGAGGACAAGAACCCCUUUAAGGAGAAGGGCGGCUGUACGAUAAGCUGACAUCCUUCCUCCUCCUGCACCGCCCUGCUUGGGCACAGAGCCAUUCCCAUGCUCAAGCCAAGACUGUCAGAAACCUGCUUUCCCUAUAGUCUGACCUCAGCACUGGGGAGUACCAAAAUAAAGUGUAGUUGCAUCUCAAGUAGCAGCAGAAAAAAGAAAAAUUAUGAGAAAAAAGAAAAAAAAAUUACC